GGUGAACAGCGAGUUUUAUAAAUAAAGCACACAGCUGCACGAGCUGGUGCUGUGUACGCGUGUGUUUGUUUUUGUCUAAUAUACCAGCGGGGAGCAAACGAGGCUCAUUGUUAUGCUGUGAGCGGCACAUGUCGAUUCAUUUUUUGCAUAUUUUUCUGGCAACGAGUACUAAUAUUACAGUGUUAUUUUACCGCAGCAGAGAUAAAACCGGUCGGAGGAGGUGAGCGAGUUCGGGCCUCGGCUGGAGGAGCUGCUGUGACGUAGCCGUCAACCAACACAUACACAAACCGGCUGCCGCUGCGCCUGCUACAGUCUCAAUGUGGGGAAAUGACCGCGAGUGACCUCAAAGGAAACACUGUAUUUUAGCGACCGCUCAUAUGUACAUUUUUGACUGUAUUAUAUGUAUACGUUUUUAGCUUGAUGUUGUGGCUAGAGGCACGUUAAAUUGCGAAAAAUUGCCGGGUCUAACGUUUAAGUCGCGCGACUGUCUUUCUAGCUUGAAAGCAGCGGUGCUAAUGCUAGCUAGCUAAGCUGUACUCGCUCGGUCUCGUCGCUAGCGGUUUUACGUUCUCCUGUCCUGCAGAUGCUAAGCUAAGCUAAGCUAGGCUAGCUUCUGCCAUGGAUAAAGCCAAGUCAAUGAUGGACAAGAAAGGAGCGUCGGGACCCUUUCAUGUCAACAACGGGCAGAGCCAGAGGGGAUUUCAUGGGCACGUAGCGGUUGCCCCCAACGGCAGCUGUUGCAGCAGCAAUGCAUUCGGCACGAGCACCGGAGCCAGCAACGGACCGUUUGAGAGCAUGCACCUCCUGCACCGCGGAGACGAUGCGGAGUGCAACGGCUCCCCGGCAAAGAGGUGCAGGCUACGGCGGAGGACGGAGUCGGUCCGACGGCACAGACCCCCCUUCCCCUGGUUUGGUAUGGACAUCGGUGGUACGUUAGUGAAGUUGGUGUACUUUGAGCCAGUCGAUAUAACUGCUGAGGAAGAACAAGAAGAAGUGGAAAAUCUCAAAUCUAUCCGCCGAUAUCUCACCUCAAAUGUGGCCUAUGGUAAAACAGGCGUCCGCGACGUCCAUCUGGAGCUGAGGAACCUUACCAUGUGCGGCAGGACGGGAAACCUCCACUUUAUCCGCUUCCCCACACAGGCCAUGCCUCGGUUCAUCCAGAUGGGUCACGACAAGAACUUCUCCAGCCUGCACACAACGCUCUGCGCUACGGGAGGCGGAGCAUACAAGUUUGAAAAUGACUUCAGAACAAUGGCCGACCUGGAGCUCUUGAAGCUCGACGAGCUCGACUGCCUGAUCCGUGGUCUACUAUUUGUUGACCGGGUGAGCUUCAAUGGACACCCAGAGUGCUACUACUUCCAGAAUCCUUCAGACACCCAGAGCUGCGUGAAGAAGCCCUGUACUCUGGACAACCCCUUCCCCAUGUUGCUGGUCAACAUCGGGUCUGGGGUAUCCAUACUGGCAGUGUACUCGGAGAACAAUUACAAGCGCGUGACUGGAACCAGUCUUGGAGGUGGUACAUUCCUAGGCCUUUGCUGUCUGCUAACGGGCUGCGAGACGUUUGAGGAGGCGUUGGAAAUGGCUAGCAAGGGUGACUCUACCAACGUGGACAAACUGGUUAAAGAUAUCUAUGGUGGAGACUAUGAGCGCUUUGGCCUGCAGGGGUCAGCUGUUGCAUCCAGUUUCGGUCACAUGAUGAGCAAAGAGAAACGGGACAGCAUCAGUAAAGAAGACCUGGCCAGAGCCACACUGGUCACCAUCACUAACAACAUAGGAUCCAUUGCACGGAUGUGUGCAGUCAAUGAGAAAAUCGAGCGUGUGGUGUUUGUUGGUAACUUCCUACGUAUUAACACGGUGUCCACAAAGCUGCUAGCAUAUGCCAUGGACUUCUGGUCUAAAGGACAACUAAGGGCCCUCUUCCUGGAGCAUGAGGGUUAUUUCGGAGCUGUCGGAGCACUGAUGGAGCUGCUUAAAACAACAGAGGACCCAUGAAGGAGGUCUUGCCCAGACAUCAUCAACUGUCAACAAGACGAUGUCACCCAACCCCUGUACGCUGUGAUGUCAUCAACUUGAUGCUGUGACAUCAUCAACUUUUAACGCUGCUGAGCAGUUCCGUUCAUACAGGGCUGCUGAAGGAACACUAAGAGACAGACACAGAAACUGAGAAAAGCCAUUUUAAUAAUUUAACUCUUGUAAAUAGUAAUAACCUCUAACAUUCAUCUCCUACAUUUCCCAGAGUUCCCCCUAUUAUAGAGGUUUAAUAUUGUAAUCUUUAAUUUAUGGUUUCCUGUAAUUACCUCUGUUGUGUCCUGGAUUCAGGCCGGUGUCAGGAAACAUUGAGGAUUUUAGUCUUCGUUUUUUUCCUUUCUUUUUGUUACUGUGUGAGUUUGUGUGAAUAGCUACUGUAGCUUUAUGGAGGCUGUGGUGCCUUGGUGACUAUUUGGGCAACAAUAUUUGGGCAGGACUUCUGCACAGAAAGGAUGUAAUUUUUAAAAUGUGUUUUCAGAGGGGCUGCAGUCACUGGUAACUACUCUGUAGGUUGCAGAUGAGGAACAGUUAAAAGAAAAGAAAAGGUCUGGGAGGCAUUUUGUUGGACAAAAAGUUGCCCACCAUGCUGCAGUCUUUUAAGGAGUGCAUUGAAGCCAAAUCCUGUUGUGAUUCAUACUAAUUCUGCCUCCUUUAGAUCAGACAGUAUGCUGAAAAAGCAUUUUUGAUUCUUUUUUUGUUGCUCUGCUGCUCAUGGCCUUUUGUUUUUUGUUUGUCUCUCCUUCAUUUGCCUACAUGAACAUAACAUUAGCAACACUAUAUUAUGCCCUCAUAUGCAUAGCGAGCUAACCUGCUGGGUUUAGUGAUAGAUGAAGGGACCAAGUCUUUGUCUAAGGUGUUUAUUUCUGUUGAUUGGCUUCACUGCAACUUCAGUCCAGUCUUGUUUCAGAGCUGUGAUAUUGUAGUCCCACCCCUCCCUGUCUAUCAGUGUGUCUGGCAAGAUGACACUUCAGCAGGCCUUUUCCCACACCUUUUAGUUCUUUUACACCCUGCUGCCUUGUUUGAAUACUGUAGUGUAAUGUAAUGCACUCUUUAGACCAUAUGAAUCAUAGCAUUGAAAAAGUUUAGCUUUUCUGCUGCGGAUGUAAAUGUAGAUCAUAGUAACACAUUUAAGGACCAGGCUGGUUCAGUAAGAAUGUUCAUGCUCUUGUUGAUUAUUGUCACUUUUACCUGAGGGAGCAACUUAGCAUCUGUUGUAAUCUCCAGUGAUAUCAUGUAAGUAGAUUCACCAUUGUAGAAAAGCUUCUGCAGUGAAAGAAACAAAUAUAGAUCAUUCAACCGGUUUAGAUGAGAAACAUUUGAGGAGAUUCAGCCGUCAAAUGUUUGCCAACGGUGGUAUGGUUAAAAGCUAGGAAAUACUGUCAGCUUCUUCUUAUUGUCUCUCUCAUUGGCUGUCAUGGUUUGGUUUGAAAAGUACAGAACUUUUCAUUUAAAUUUAAUAUCCUAAUAUCAAACAUGUUGGAUAUUGAGUGGACAUAUCCAAAGAGCCUGUUAGGAGUUUUGGACAUUUAAGGUUGGAUCUGUGAAGUUGUGAAACCCUCACAUUACAGCUUGAUCUGGGCCAAUCACCCUGAAAGCUGUGGUCCUAGACCAGAAUACUCCCCCAGAUGUGUGGUGGUCUAAACCAGCUGUGGAGCUGUAGUAAUUAAGAGAAUCUAGAACUGAAAUGAAAUUAAAACCCCAUCCUAUAGUCACAUUAUGUAACCAUUAGAUCAUAGCCAUUGUGCCCCCACCUCCCCCCAGCUUGGACCUUUACAGCCUCUCAUCUCAUCUCAGCAUAAUGUCAAAGCAGCUACACUAUAAAGCUGAAUAACAAAGUGUCUGAACUUUACAUGCCUUUACUCUCCUGCAGAGAAACUGUGCUCUUUCCUUUAUCACAUCCAUCUUGUAGCUUUUUUUUAUUCUAGAACACUUUCUUUGAAAAUACCUCCAAAUCAUAACUACCCCACCUUGUCAUGAGUGAGUUUAUGUGUUUCUGAGCCUGAUAUACAAAGUAAUACAUCUCUUUUACUGGACCCUCGAUAUAUUAACAAGGUUAAAAUGCUUGUCAAAUAAGUAGAUGGUUAUGAAAGUCUUUGGACAAAUUUCCUCCUCCUGUCUAGAGUACCCACUUUACUCUGACUUACUCUACAUGUUUGUUCCUAAAAAGUGCAAGGAAAUUGAUGUUUUUAGCAGGUGUUUUUUAAUUCACAUUGACUUAUUACACUGGCAUUUAGUAUUUCUCUGUUGUGCAUACUUCAACAACUACCCAUGAUAUGCCAUAAUAGUAUACAUGCCAACAUUUACACCAGUGUAAACAAAAAAAACACUAAUUUAGUUUUUUUUUUUCACGUAAUUUCCUUCAAAAACAUUGAAUCAUGAGUGGUUAAUUGAGCUUCAUGACACCACAAAAGUUCUUUUUGUGCUUCUUUUCUUUUUAAUUUGCCUUUUUCCAACACAUUUGGAUAGUCAGUGGCCUCGAGCUGUCAGGUGCCACUCAGCUGAAACCCCAUCAGUUGCCUUCACUGUGUUUGCCCGUUUACAUCAUGUUUGUGCCCUUCAGUCUCCUGUGUAAUUUCACUUCUCAGUAGUCUACCUUCACCUCAGUGUUUUUGUAAUGCUGUGCACACAGAAACAUCUUCAUCUUUCACCCUCGCUUUAUGUUUUUGUUUUCUUCUUUCUUUUACUUUUCACACGUGUACGGUAACAUAAUUCCGAAAGAGACUCCUUUCUGCCUGUGUCACGGAUCAGAAAUUAUGACAACUGGAUUGGAAAAAUUGAGUUUUCUGGCAUUUUUGUUUUUGGUUUGGGAACAGUUUCAUAAACUUGUCCUUUUUAUUUUUUAUCCUUGUUUUUGGCCAGUAGAAAGUACGGAAAGUGAGUUCAUUUCCUAUGUGAUUUUAAAAACAUUGUACUGAAUUUCUUUUCAUGUUUUGAUUGUUUGUGGUUGGCACAAAAGAACCAGUGUGAUUGUUUUUCCCUGCUUUCAUGCUCUGCCAUGCUGAUGAAGAUUUGCAGCACUUAAGGACAGAGAUCAGUAUCUCACUGCAACAUCCAUCAUUGUUAUCUAGAUUAUAUAAAAAACCUCAAAACAAGUAAAUGUCAACUUUGUUUGAGAUUCUUUUCAUGGAAGCCAGUUUGGACUGCUUAUCCCCAUGCCAUGUGUCAGAACUAGAAAUCUGUUGUGAACAAAGGUAUGAAGACAUGCGUACAUGGGAAAUUUGUGAGAUUAUAGUGUUUCUGCAAAGUGUUUAGAGUGUACUUGUGUGUUUCCUGUGAAAAUAGAGUUGCAAGCUGUACCAUUAUUUCCAAACUCAACUGAUGUAAAACUAUCAUGGGAACUUAAUGACUUCAUGUUACUGUUGCAGCUCCAGUGUUUUUAACUGCACUCAUGAAACCCAUCAUUCUAAGCAGUAUCACAGCAUGCAUUGUAGUUGACUUUUUGUGAGUUUACCCAAAGUGUUUUCACACAUUUUCAUCCACUACAGCGCUCAGUAUCAAGCAAGACUUUGGUCAUUUAAGUGACUGAUUUGGAGUUUUGGGUUCCUUUUCCUUCGGGACCAUGUGUACUCUUAACUGGUUCAAGGUUUGGUUGGAAGCAUCAAACCUAUUGGCAAAUGUUCUGCCAUCCACAAUGAACUCUGACCUUCAGGCUAUGCAGUAACUCAUCCAUAAAUCUCUUUGUCCUUCUUAAAUAACUCACCUCUUCUCUACAGCUACCAGAGUUAAACUAGUGUGUAAAUGUUUUUUUGAAAAGAAUAUGCAAGCCUGUAACUUUUACCCUAAGGUAUCCUGUUUGAAUCUUGAUGGAGAGAGUUUCUCCUCCCAAUGUUUGUCCUGCUGAUUUACAUGUUAACUAUUUAAGGUGGAUGCUCGCAUCAGGAUGUUUAAGGCCAAGUUAUGCACCAGAAUGAGCAUACCAAGUGGGUCUUUUCAGCCAUGCUUGAUGAGCUAUGGCCCUAUAGUAUGUAGUCAUUAAUCAUACAGUCACCUUGAUUUCAUCCAAACUGUGGAUCUUGUUGGAUGAAUCCAGGCUUAAAAAAACAAGGCUCAAUUCCUUUGACAGUUAUUAAAUGUUGCAUACCAAAUUGGUUUUCUUAAACUUUUCAGGAUUUCCUCAGAUUCUCUGUGUGGUCAAACAUCCUGUCGUGGGAACCCCAUCCAGCCUUUAAACUGUCUUCUGAAAUGCUUGACUGUCAGGACAGACUUUUUCCUCCUUGUGUAUUUGAUUGUACAGAGAUUUUGUAAAUAAUAUUAUUAUGAUAUAUUCUACACCAGCAAUCUGUCUGUUGAUAAAGUUGUUUCAACUGUUCAGGGCCAGGUUUCCCAAACAUGACUCGGCACUUCAUUUACAAAUCCAAAAGCAGGCAGGAGACAGAUCUAGAUGAACCACUUCCCUCUGCAGCUUUCGUCAGUCUAACUUUAUCAGAGCUGUAAUGGAGUUAGUGAUACUUUAAGGGGUCUGGUUUAAUUAAAUCCUUGUAUAUGAUGUGAUUUUCCUCUUAAAAAAUAGUUUCUUUAUUGUUAUCUAAAAUUUCUGGCCCUGCUGUAAGCUCUAGCAUGUGUAAUACAACAACCAGUUAUUUUACAUGUAUUUUUUAUUUGGCUCUAUUUUGGUCCCAUUCAUGUCCAUUUUAUUUUAUCCACAAAUGAUCACUCUACAUUAAUUGUAUUCACCUUUAAUCGUCAUAAUUACUAAUGGGGAAAUUUGGAAAUAUUAAAUAAGAACUUUUAGUGUUCAAUCAAAUGUUUACAGUGGUAGUGGCCUAAGUUCAGGUGUCUGCUUCUGUCUGCAGGAUUUUUGUGCCAGUUGUUCACAUCAGCUCCUCUGUGAUUCAGCUUCAAAUGUGAUCGUUUCGGGAAACCCAAUGCUGGUUGUUUGCGUCAGUUCUGCUGCUGCUGCUUUUAAAUCCGGUUUGAAAACAGAAAGGGGUUACAAAGAAAAUAAUGGCAAUUUAAAAAAAAUGUUUCCCUGCCUUGUGCAAUCUGUAUGUACUGAAGUGAAGAGAUUUUCUUUUUUUCUAAAAAGUAAUUAAACUAAA